AUGACGUCACCGGGCCACGACAUCACCAGGCAGCUCGAGCAACUCCUGCCACGUUGGGCAGCCCCGCCGAGCUGUGACGUCGCGCCCAGGCCUUGCCAUCGCCUUGACGUCACCCGAGACGUCAUCACCCCCCCAGGGGAGAAGCCGAGCUCCAUCCAGGCCAAGCCGUGCCCCGGAGCGAGCGGCCCGGUGGCCGCCGCUGCCCAGGCCGCCACGCUCCCCCAGAACGGCUCCAAAGGGCCGGGGCUUCCCUCCAAACCGAAGCCACCGGCCCGCAGCGCGGCUAAAGGAAACCAAAAACCCCCCGCUUUCCCCUGCCAACCCAGCAAACUGGUAGCCAUCGACUGCGAAAUGGUAGGCACGGGGCCCGGCGGCCGCACCAGCGACCUGGCCCGCUGCAGCAUCGUCAGCUACCGGGGCGACGUCAUGUACGACCGGUACAUCCGCCCCGCCGCCCCCAUCGUGGACUACCGCACCCGCUGGAGCGGCAUUCGCCGGCACCACAUGGUCAACGCCGUCCCCUUCGGCAAGGCCCAGCGAGAGAUCCUGCGCAUCCUCUCCGGAAAGAUCGUGGUCGGCCACGCCAUCUACAACGACUUCAAGGCGCUCAAGUAUUUCCACCCCAAAGCGCUCACCCGGGACACGUCCAAAAUCCCUUCGCUGAACCGGAAGGGCGCUUUCCUGCGCCCCCGACGGGGCGGGAAGGCCGGCCACUCCUCGGUGGAGGACGCCCGAGCCACCAUGGAGCUCUACAAAGUGGUGGAAGCAGAGUGGGAGCAACACCUGAUGCUGAACCCCGAGCAGGAGUGA